AUGAGGUCCUACACUGAAAUCGCCCAGGACUCUGAGCACCCUCCGCCCCCUGCCCCCCAUGGCGUCUUCCGCCUGUACUGGCUCACCGCCAUCGUCUGCUGCGGUGGCCUGCUCUUUGGCUAUGACUCCGGCGUGAUCGGGGGAGUCCUCACUUUCGACUCCUUCCACCGCUCGUUCCAAUACACCGCCGCCGACGAGACCCGGGUCAGUUCCAUCGCCGUGGGCAUCCAGCAAGCCUCCGCGCUGCUGGGCAGCCUGCUCAUCUGGCCCCUGACCAACCGCUAUGGUCGCCGUCCAGCGAUGGCCCUGUGCUCGCUCAUCUUCUGCACCGGGGUGCUCUUUGAGCUCGUCGACAGCCGCUCCCUCUCCGUGUUCUAUGUGGGCCGCGUCAUCUGCGGCCUGGGGAUCGGCGGCUCCGCAACGGUCAUCCCCAUCUACCUCUCGGAAAUGAGUCCCACAGACAAGCGCGGCCGCCUCGGCAGUUGCUACCAGUUCACCUUCACCAUCGGCAUCUUCCUGUCGUACUGGAUCGACUACGGCAUGCAGUUCGCGCCCGCCAACGCCCUGCAGUGGCAGAUCCCACUCGCCGUGCAGCUCAUCCCGGGCGCCCUGAUGGGCCUGGGGAUGCUGACUCUCCGCGAGAGCGUGCGCUGGCUACUCUCCCACGACCGCGAAUCCCAGGCCUGGGACAGCCUGACCUGGAUUCGCUCGUCCCACGGACCGGACGUGCGCGCCGAAUUCCAGCAGAUGAAAUCCAGCCUCGAAAGCGACGCCCACGCCGCCGCCGACUUCUCCGCCAAGGAGCUCCUCACCCCGUCCAACCGCCACCGUCUCGCCCUCGGUGUCUCCCUCUUCAUCUGCCAGCAAUCCACCGGCGCCACCGCCAUGGCUUACUUCGGCCCGCAGUUCUUCUCGCUCCUCGUCGGCGACAACCCCCACCUCACCCUUCUGCUCACGGGCAUCUUCGGUGCCUUGAAAGUCAUCAGCUGUCUCACGUUCAUUGUCUGGGUCGCUGACCGGUUCGGCCGGAGGCCCUUGCUCAUCCUCGGCGCGCUCGCCAUGUCCGUCUGCAUGAUCUCCACUUCCGCAGUGGUCAAAUCCACCACCCCCACCACAAACACCACAAACACCACAGGAACAAUCUCCCACAACGGCCUCAUCACCGUCUCCCUCAUCUACCUCGCCAUCGCAUCCUACAACCUAUCCUGGGGCCCGCUCCCCUGGCCCUGCACCGCGGAACUCUUCAACUCGCGCAUCCGCGAACCGGGCGUCGCCAUCGGCGUCGCCGCCCAGUGGCUGUCCAACUUCGUCUGGUCGUUCUCGACCCCGUAUGUCCUUGCCGGGGCGAAAUGGGCCACGUUCUUGAUCUUUGGGAUCCUGGAUGCGGUGUUCGCGCUGUUUGUGUGGAUGGUUCUUCCCGAGACGAGGGGACGGUCGCUGGAGGAGAUUGAUAUGUUAGGGGAGGGAGGUGAGGAUGAGGUGGGGGCUGCUUUGUUGGUUGGGGAGGGGGAGGGGGAUGAUGAUGGAGAUGAGGAUGAUGAUACGGGGAAGACGAGCGAGGAGAGGUAA